UUCUUGUCUGAGAAAAAUCAUGUUGAGGUUGAUUGGAGCUGUGGGCUACAUAUGGCUAGUCAUGGCCAUAUCCUCAGUGGCUCAACGAUGCAACGAUACAAACUCUCCAGUGCUCGACACCUCCGGACAGGCUCUUCAACGUGGUGUAGAGUAUUACAUACUGCCCAGUAGUAAUAGUUCUGGUGGCGGUCUCACCUUGAUCAAUCGCAAUGGGUCGUGCCCGUUGUAUGUUGGUCAGGAAGACCAAGCUUCCUCACAAGGCUAUACUGUUACAUUCGCACCAUUCUUCGAGCAAGAGACGAUUAUCAGGGAGUCCAGGGACUUCAGUGUUCAAUUUGUUGCCUCCACAAUCUGUAUCCAGUCCACAGCAUGGAGACUAGGGGAGAGAGACCCUGAGACACAAAGGAGAUUGAUUGUCACCGGAGGUGAGACUGGAUACUUCAGAAUUGAGAGGAACGGAGAAGGCUACUAUCUGGCAUGGUGUCCUACGGAUGUGUGUCCAAUUUGUAAGUUCGACUGUGGGUCCGCUGGUAUUCUUGUUCAGAAUGGAAAGAGGCUGUUGGCUUUGGAUGGUCCUGUACUUUCUGUUGUGUUUAUGAGGGCUUAGUUUUUCAUUUUAUAUGGGGGGCUCUUCCAUCUACCUACAAGUGAAUAAAUGGAGCUCCGAGCGUGAUGAAAUACUAUAUGUGUUAUUAAUAAAUGGCUAAGUUAUUCUGUCAA